GUCCAUCUUUCGCGGGAAAUUUUAGCGGGAAAGCAUUCACGAGACCAUAGUUACAGCAUAGAGCUAUGGUUACAGCAAUAUGAUUCGACAGAGAUCGACAUGCACACAGAUGUGUUUCCAUAGCUCCGUAUCCUUGCAGUUAGCAUUGUCUUGUUUUGCUAAAGACGGCUAAAGAGCUUGAUGGCUAGUGCUAUUUUUCUCGCUAUUGAUCUCGCUGUUACUGCAUUCCUGUUCUUUAGUAUUAUUGUUUACCUCAUUGGUACCCUGAUAGUACAGGAAGUUUUGCCAAUCUUUCGCUUUCUCAUCCGUGUUGUUAUUGCUACAGUGUGGCUUUAUCAAGAAGUCAUGAUUAGAAUCCUGAGAAAGAAAAACACUGGGAAGAAACCCUCUGACGUCAAUGAGUCAAAGAGCUCGCUCCAUCUUCCUCAAAUUAGUGCCCAGCCACGACUGACUGAGGCAACACUCUCUUCCGGUAUCCACUCAACAUCCGAGCUGGUUAAAUCUUAUCCUAGUUCCCCUCGAGAUGUUAACCAGAUGCAGGUUUCUCCUAGAGGUUCAUCAUUGAAAUCGAGCAACCACCCAAUGUCUGAGGGCAUGGUUCUUCAUGGAAAACCUCGUGCAUUACCUUCCAUUGCUCCCGAGAAAAAUGAUCCCGGCAAAUUAGAAGUAUCGGCAGUGGCUUCAGCAGCCAACCGCUUCAAGGAUGCUAGCUCUCGCUCAAUAUGCAGUCGCUAUUCUCUUAGUCUAGCGAAUCUUACUAACCGUAACUACAGGUUACCUUCCAUUGCACCUUCUCUUCCUGCUGGAAGGAACUAUUCGCCUCCAGUUCCGGAAUACAUUCCUUUCCCAACACAGGCUUCAGUGCUCCCUUCAAUCAAAGAUAACACAGUUGACAAAGAAGUUGAAGAAGAAGUGGAGAAUGAAGUAGAAGAAGAAGUAGAAGAGGAAGUAGAGGAGGAAGUAGAGGAGGAAGUUGAGGAGGAGGUAGAGGAGGAGGUAGAGGAGGAGGUAGAGAAAGAGGAGCAGGAGGACUUAGAAAUAGAAGAAUGUGAAGAUGAGUCCUUGCCAGAGCAAGAGAGCGAUAGCUGUCAGGAGGAUACUGAGAGUACUGAGUCAGAGGAGGAGGAGGAAUAUGAGUACAUUGUUAAGAAAACAUCAUUCUCUAGGGCAGUGAUGAAAGUCAAGAAGUCAGAGCUAGAGGGCAAGGAGAAUGGUAUUACAGAGCUUAUGCCUGAAUAUGCUGCAAAACCUCCAACUCGUGUGCGUCCACGCUCAUCAUUUAUUCGAGGUAAAAGCAGCUAUGGUGUGUCUAAUAGGCACCGUUGCUCUUUACCACCAUCACUGCCUACAAUUCCAGAGAGUGAUAUGGAUAAUCGUGCACCUGCACGUCCAGUGAAACGUGUAACAUUUGACUCUGUAGUAAAAGAGAAGGAGAUAUCAGAAGAUGAAGAGGAGAUAUCAGAUGAGGAGGAGGAGACAUCUGAUGAGGAAGAAGAAAUAUCAGAAGAGGAGGAGGAGGAGGAGGUAUCUGAAGAGGAAGAGAUACCGGAAGAAGUAGAAGAAGAAUUGGAAGGUGAAAUUGUUGAUGACAUCAAUAUUGAUGUACGCAAUACAAGUGACAGAGAUGAUGAUGAAAGGGAUGAUACUUCUGGCAAAGAAAUAGGAGCUGAUAUGUUACCUGAACUUAACCAAAACAAAGUGAACGUUGCCAGUAACAAAGAAGAAGACUCGGAGAAUGAGGUCAAAGAAGAAUUAUCAGCUGAGAGCGAAUGUGAAGAUGACACUUUAACAGAGGGAGAAAAUGAAGGGGAAGAGUCCAUAUUAACAGAAGGAGAGGCCACUUAUACAGAGGGAGAGAAUGACGACAAUACUUACAAUAUAAAAGAGGAAGCUGAAAAGGUCUUUGACAGUGAAAUAGUUUUUCUUAAAAAAACCAAUGAAGUUGAUGCAAGCUGCAAGGUUUCCAAUGAUGAUGAUCAACUGAAGAAUGGUACAGAAGCUGAGGUACCUAUUGGCGUUAAGAUAGAUAAGAAUAUUAACGCCAACAUUGAAGCAUUCAUGAACAAACCAAUAAUAAUAGUUACCAGUGCUGAUCCAGAGAUGGAUGAUAUUAGUGACAUGGAUCUAGAGAUAAGUGACAUUCUCACUGACAUUACAGACAGCUCCCAGACUGACAAGCAAAGCACUCCUCUUGAAGCUUGCAGUCCUGAAGAAGGGGAUGAAGCUAGUUUUGCCAAAGAUAGCAGUGCUGAAGCACCAGAAUACGAAGAGGAAAAUGCUACAGCAGAAUAUGAAGCUAGCAAAGCUAAACCAGGGGAUCAACCUAGUGGUGCAUCAGAAGAUAAAGCUAGCAAAGCUGAGGCAACUAACAUUAAUGAGACAGGAGAAUAUACUCAAGUUAGCAGUGCUGAGGUAGGAGAUAAAGCUAGCAGUACUAAGGCAAAAGAUGAAGCUAGCAAUGCUGAAGCAGGACAUAAAGCUAUCAAUGCUAAAGCAGGACACAAAGCUAGCAAUGCUGAAGCAGGACAUAAAGCUAGCAAUGCUGAAGCAGGAGAUAGAGCUAGCAAUGCUGAAGCAGGGGAUAAAGCUAGCAAUGCUGAAGCAGGAGAUAAAGCUAGCAAUGCUGAAGCAGAAGAUAAAGCUAGCAAUGCUGAAGCAGGAGAUAAAGCUAGCAAUGCUGAGGCAGGAGAUAAAGCUAGCAAUGCUGAGGCAGGAGAUAAAGCUAGCAAUGCUGAAGCAGGAGAUAAAGCUAGCAAUGCUGAGGCAGGAGAUAAAGCUAGCAAUGCUGAGGCAGGAGAUAAAGCUAGCAAUGCUGAGGCAGGAGAUAAAGCUAGCGUUAAUGCUGAGGCAGAAAAUGAAGCUAACGAUGCUAAAGGAGAAGAAGCUAGCACUGCUGAAGCAGGAGAUAAUGUGAAAGCUAACAAUAAUGAGAAGCUUUCAAAUGAUGCUGAGACAAAAAUAGAUUGCAACAUAAAUGAGAUGAAAGCUAAUAAUAAACAAGAGGAUGAUGAUAAUAUAUCUGUAAAGGAUGAGGACUGCUACAGUGAAGAUGAGCAUGCGAUGGAGAAAAAUGAAGAUGAAGAAACUAUACAGGAUGAAGUUAAAAGUGCAGAAAUCAUUGAAGUUGAGGCUUCUACAGAGAAGAAAGAUGAGAAUAAUGAAGACAAAGUUGAAGGUAGUGGAAAAGCAAAAGGCAGACGUCGUCAUAAGAUGUCACUCAAGCCAGUACGUCGUCUGUUUUCAAAGAUGAAGAAGAAAAUCAGGCAUUUGGUUGCAUGUGCCUAAAUAUAAUACUAUGAUUGACACUAAAAUAGUGAUAUAAACAAUAACAAUAAUAAAUAAUGACAUACAAUAGGCAAUGAUAACAUAAUGAUCCACACACAAACAAACAAGUAGUGUAUUAUAGAUUAAUUUUAUUAAAAAUUAAUUUUAAAAU